AUGCACGAUAUUCCUGAAGGUGUAGCACGCUAUGAUAUGGCUUUGAUUAUUUCUGGACUUAUUGAACAAAAUUGUUUUACUCUAGCUGAACUUAAUAACCGAAUUCUCAUGUUUAACUAUGGUGUAACUGAAAAGAAAAAUACUCCUCCGUUGAUUCGAGACUCUGACAUCAAAAAAGGUUGCAUUAUCAUGUCUGCUUCAGAAAUGCUAUGUUUAGCAAGAUAUUUUAGUUUAAUUGUCGGAGAAUUAGUCCCCUACGAUUCAAUUUAUUGGAAAUUAUAUUUAACUUUACAUAAAAUUAUAGAUUUAUGUUGUACUACAAACAUUCAACGUGAUAGUGAUGUUCUGUUAAAUUCAUUGGUUUCUGGACACAAUAGACUGUUUUUAGUUUUAUCUAAAAGUAAUUUAAAGCCCAAGUACCACCUUUUGACUCACUACGGUAGAAUUCUAAAAAAAAAUGGGCCAAUUAUUCUAACUUCAAGUAUUCGGUUUGAAGCAAAACAUAAAGUUUUAAAGGCAAUAGCUAAUGCCAUUCCAUGUCGAAUAAAUCUUGGGUAUACUCUUGCAUAUAAAUUACAACUUCAAAUGGUUGCACGUUUCCUUUCUAAUUUGAGUCUUGAUGUACAAGAUCUUAAAUUAGGAUUGGGAAAAGAUGUACAUCCAUUUACUGAAUUUCCUCAAGAUUUAGUAGAUAAAUUACCUGAGGAAUUUAAAACAGAUUGUUUUUCAUUUUCUUGGUUAGAAUAUAAAGGAAUAUAUUACAGAAAACAUAUUCUUCUGGUUUUAGAAAACAAUUUGGAUGGAUUAAUUUUUGGUGAGGUAGUUUUUAUAUUUGUAGGAAAAUCUCAAAUCCCUUUUUUUUUGUUUGAUCCUGUCUAUACAGUUGGCUUCGAUAAUCAUUUUCAUGCAUUUGAAGUAGUAAUUGAUAGUUCUAAUUCAAUCAAUUACUCAAAAUUAACUGGAUGUUAUGUUAAUGAAUUAUAUGAUAUUACCCCAACAGUUCCCCGUAUUUUAGGCAAUUCCAAAACAUAUGCCACAAUACGAUAUGCACUUUAA